AUAUAUAGUCUCUUAAUACUUAUUUAAACCGUAUAUAAUAAUACAUUUAGAUUUUCUACAGCUACAAAAUACACUCCCUGAAUGAUUACCGAAGACACACUGACACCGGAACAGACAGUUUGAACUAUCACAUACCCUACAGCUAGCCCUAGCAUAACCAUACGUAACUAUACACCAAGUCGCUUAUUAUUUAUUAAUGAUAAGAGCAAAUUAAAAAAAAUAAUAGUAUAGAUGUAUGAUCAAGCGUGAAGAGAUAGUGGUUAUUGUAGUAAAUAGUAAGUAAAAUAGUAUAUAAAAUUAAAGAUAUUGCUACUAUAAAUAAUCAAAAAACCACAUUAAUAUCAUUCUUCGGUAAUAUAAUGGACGAUGUUUUAAACUAAAUAUUUGUUUAAGUUACAAAUGUGAACCUCGAUAUUUUUUAAAUUUGAAUAUAUCAUAUUAUAUUUUUAUAUAUAUUAAAUAAUGAGACGUCACAAUGCGUAUAUAUGUAGGUAUUUUCGAACAAUACAAAUCUGGGCAUCAAAAUAGUAGUUCGUAUCGGGUAACAAAUUGUGAUUCAAACGUUUACAAAAUUUUAAAAUUUAUAUGUAAAUAAACUCAAAUAUAAACUGCAUCAAUCUAACUCCAUGUUUGGGGAUAAUUAGGCGAUCAAUGAAUUUUAUAACCAAUAUAUCGCGACACCGUAACGUGUGCCUUAUUCCGGCCUUAAGUUUAAAUGACUUUUAAUAUUACAUCAAAAACCUAAUUCAAGUAUAUAUUAAGCCCACGGACAUUCUAAUUGCAAAACCGUCGUACGUAAAAAGUCAAUAGGAUAUAGAAUUUUCUGAUAUAGGACCAUUAGCCACCUGAUUGGUAUGCCGCCCAUCACCUGCGACGUCACCGUCAUCGUGCUGUAAUCGCCUGAGAAUAUGUUUGUUUUCAAGGCAAUAAAAUGAUAUGAAAUUGCGAUGCUUUAACCAGGCCCAAACUUCGCACAGUUGGCACCCCAGAUCCGUGUUCAGGGUCGUAAGCAGUUGUCCUCCCGAUCGAAAAAAACGGCCAAGCCCAGCGAGCUGGCAAAUCUGUAUUGGCCAUCUCCUAACAAAUUAUCUUCGAAUGUUUAAAAUGGACUCCGCAGACUUCUGGCAGCAGGCGCGUGCUCCGUUUGGUCUGCAAACUGCGCUUCACCAAUACUCUUCCCCCCCGAAUCAACAGCCAAUAUCCCACCACGCCCUGCACCACUCCCUUCCGCAGGAGAACGAGCAGUUAGCCGAAGCCCACCCAGAAGGUCCAGGAGCAGGAUCGGGCGUAGUGGGAAACAACAGUUCCAUGGCAAUUUCCGGCACCAAUUCAACUGUGGGCAGCAAGGCCGAGUCCAGUCACAUUCUGCAGCAGCACUCAGAGCAGCAGUCAUAUGGAAGCGACUCCUUCCGAGGCACGCAGUCGCCCCAGCUGAGUAGCCACCACCUGUUGUUUAACGCCGCUGCAGCCGCUGCUGCGGCGGUCCACCUCAAAUCCACGGCGAUGCAGAAUAACCUCUCGCCAAUAGGCGAUCAGGCGCAAAAUAACCUUCGCAACUACGGACAAGGAUCCUUAAACGCCUUAUGUGGGAUCAAGCCCAAGCAGGAGAUGGAUGCGAAGACGCACCUACAGCCGCUGGACGAGUGUCCGCAUCCUCUAGUUCAGGCGCAGACCCAGACCCAGUACGGCGGAGACUUCUACGACGUGGCAGACCCACAGCCUAGAGAAGUCUCGGAAGGUCGAGCACUGAUCAUCGGACUCGGAGCACCCAGUACGGUGUCCACCGACGAUGCACAGUCCAGUUUGCCGUCUCAUCAGCUGGCGGGGAGUGGCCGAGCAUUGCAGACUCAUCAGUGCAAGCCAAUGUCCCCCGGAACAGUUGGUAGCUCUAAUUCGGGCGCAGGACGAAGAUCCGCACCCACAACAAUAAGCAAGACCUUUUCGCAGGGUCAGCAGUCCCCUCAGCACUCUACAACGCCAUCCGGCGGCAGCACGACGCCCGACAUCAAAUACAAUAACGACAAAAUGGCCAAUGAAAUUCAGCUUCAGCUAUCCCGGUCGAGCAGCGCAGCGGCGAUCAGUGAACGCACCCUCGAAGAAUGUUGGUCAACCCUACAACGAGUGAGUUGGCAUCUGUUCCGUUGUCUAUUUAUGCACAAAAGCGCGAUGCAGCAAAUACAGCAGCAGAUUCCCCGCGUUGGCCUGGGCACCCACGGCGUGACCGGCUCGGCCAACUUAGGUGGCAGUAUUACGCCUAGCUCGGAUACCAAGCCGCAUCAGUGCCAGCAAUGUAUGAAGAGCUUUUCCAGUAACCACCAGCUCGUCCAACACAUCAGGGUACACACUGGAGAGAAGCCAUACAAGUGUUCCUACUGUGAUCGUAGAUUUAAGCAGUUGUCGCACGUCCAGCAGCACACGCGCCUGCACACAGGAGAACGACCCUAUAAAUGUCAUCUGCCAGACUGCGGUCGAGCCUUUAUACAGCUUUCAAAUCUACAACAGCAUCUACGAAACCAUGACGCUCAAGUGGAACGUGCUAAAAAUCGACCCUUUCACUGCAACAUAUGUGGAAAGGGUUUCGCCACUGAAUCUAGCCUGCGUACACAUACAUCGAAGGAGCUACAGCUGCAUCUUGGUGUCUUGCAGCAGCAUGCCGCACUAAUAGGUGGUCCAAACGCUACGUCCUGUCCGGUGUGUCAUAAACUUUUCCUUGGCACUGAGGCCCUUGUGGACCACAUGAAACAUGUUCAUAAGGAAAAGAGUCCCCCACCUGGUGGCUCAGCCUCAUCCCAGUUCAGCGAGCUCAAUCAGAUAGUUACGGGCAAUGGGAACGGAAACGGAACUGGAUCUACCAAUGAAAAUAUUGCUACCCAAUGCACAACUGAAUCGAACUCGCAUCAGGCCACUGUUGGCUCUAGCUUAAUCGACAGUUUUUUGGGCAAGCGAAGAACUGCCAACCAUCCUUGCCCAGUUUGCGGUAAACAUUAUGUCAACGAGGGUUCCCUAAGGAAACAUCUGGCUUGCCACGCUGAGACCUCCCAACUUACAAACAGCCUGCGAAUGUGGCCAUGUAGCGUUUGCCAGGCCGUCUUCACACAUGAAAACGGCCUUCUUACCCAUAUGGAGUCAAUGCGCAUGGAUCCGAAACAUCAGUUCGCGGCUCAAUACGUACUAUCCCGGGCAGCUGCAGAGCAGCGAGAACGAGAAUCUAUUCUAGCGGUAACCUUAGCCGCCAGCAGUGGCACUGGUACAAGAAUCGGAAUUGCGGAUGCCGGAAAAGUUUUGCCUACCGGAGCUCACAACUCGGAAGGAUCCAACUCGAAAUGCCCUUCCCCUUCGGUUAACUCAGAAUGCUCUUCAAACGGACGCCUAUCGUCAUCGACAACAUCAGAUCAAGACCAAGACAUUGACCACGGCUUAAGUGAAAAUGAGAACAGCAACCAGAACAACAUAGGCAGUUCCACGAAUAACAACAAUAAUUGCACGAGUAACAACAACACUAGCUCUCACAAAAUGGCUGAGAUUCGACUUCCGGGAUCCGGCCAAUAUACCAUGGACGCGGAACUGCAUGUCGCCAACCGGAUGUCACUAAUGGCGGCUGCUGCUGCAGCAGUUGCUGCGUCACGACCACCAGAUGGAGUGGACACUUCAGCAGUCCCGAGCGCGGCGGUUCAGGCCGCUGUGGUCAAUCUGGCAGCUGCAAUGCGAAUGAACAAUUCCAACAACGGUGCUUCCCCCUACCAACAACAUCACGCCGAUCACACACAGGCACACCAGACACACAUCCUUCAACAUGCACACCCACAUCACCAUCAACAGCAGCAGGCUCCGCAGCACCAACAGCAACAGUUGUCCCAUUUGCUAGUCCAUACUCACCCCAGCAAUAGCAACUCCCGUUCUCAAAGUUCACCAAACAUAAAUGUGCCAAGCUUACAGAACGAAUCUACUGCCGCCUCGAUCGCUAUGAACAUGAACGUGCAUAUGAUGCGCGGUUCCCUCGAGCCGGACCCGAGUUUAGGAGGAAUGCAUGGAAUCGAAGUUCUCCACCAACACCAGCAGCAGCACCACCAUCAUCACCACCACACGUCAAACUUUCCGCAGCACGCCGUAACUCCUACCAACCAACAUACUCACCCACACCCCCAAACACACCAAACCGCCCACCACCAUACGAGUCCAGAAACGGCGCUCCGAAUGCACCAGGCUGAAGCGAUCUUACGCUCGCAUACCGAAGCAGCGUUCCGACUGGCAACUGGAUCUGGUCCUGACACCGGAGUAAAAUGCGAGGCUGAUCAGAACCAGCUGAAUAGUAACGGCAAUGCAGGUGGCAAUAGUGGAGGCAGCAGCCAACAUCAUCGAUUCCAUGCGAAUUCGAAUCAACAAGAGAAUCAACGACCAUCGGACUCAUGAAGCUCGGCGAUUCAUUCCUCUAGGGAUGUGGACUGAGGAUUGAUACAGAUACAGAAUCAAGUACAACGAUCUUUCUAUUGCGUCGAUUGCAAUUGAUACAAUAGGAUUCAAUGCAUGUGAAUGAGUAAAGCUUCAUAUAUUAAUACAUUUAUGGUAAUUAAUGUAAAUGAGAUUAUGUAUCUAAGUUUAAAUAGGCAGUCAUGCCCUAAGUUAGAAAACGACCCCCCCAUUCAUUGUGCAAUAUCAUCUACCGUCAAUUUCGGCAGAAAAAUAAAUGUAAAAACUUUUGUGUUAUGUUUACGUUUAGAGAUAAAUGCUCGAAAAUUAUCAAACGCAAUUUUAUUUGGACUUUGGAAUAUCAAAGGGUUCUAGAGCAAGCAUAUCCAACCAAUAAAAAAAAACCUACAAACACUAUGAAACAUUAAAAGCGUACUUGGUUAUAAAAUAUGCAACAAUUAGAAGGAAGCGUUUCCAAAGUCUUUAAAGUAUAUUUUUGAUCAGCAUUACUAGUCGUUUCGUUUUGUCCG